AUGCUCUCGUCUCGAGGCAGCAAUAAUGCGCAAUUGCACAAGAUCCCGUGGCGCUAUGCUCUACCGCACGAGUACAGCAAAGAGACGAAUCCGGAGGGCAUGAUAUCAUUUGCAUUAGCAGAACAUGCACCAAUGCGCGCAGAAAUAGCCAACUACAUCAACACCAAGGUCGAGUUCAACGUAGCAUCAGUUGCCUAUACCUCUGGUAACAAUGCCAUCCAUCGUCUACAGAAAGCAGUCGCAAUGCAUCUGAAUAAUCUACUCGAUCCCAUUGCUCCAAUCGAAUCGGAAGAAGUCAUUGUUGCCAGCGGCGCAACUGCAAUAGGGAGCAUGCUUGGAUUCACCCUAGCUGAGCCAGGCGACGGCAUCUUAAUCAGCAGGCCAGCUUAUGGACGAUUCGAGCUUGAUUACGGUGUCGAAGCGGGUGUGCAGAUGGUAUAUGCAGACACCACUGUGGAGGAGGCAUUUGCUCCUUCUGUUGUCAAGAAGUAUGAAUUGGCCCUGAGAAAUGCUCGGGCGAGAGGCGUGCAGAUCCGGGCAUUGAUGCUAGUGAAUCCGCAUAAUCCUACCGGCCUUUGCUAUUCUGUUCAAACCCUGACGGAGAUUCUCAAGUUUUGUAACAAGCACCAGCUUCAUCUGAUCAGCGACGAAAUUUAUGCUUCAUGCGUUUUCGAUUCCGGAGACCCAGAUGCCGUUCCAUUCACCUCUAUAUUAUCCCUCAGUACCCCGAAGCUGAUCAACCCUGACCUGGUGCACUUGUUGUACGGAUUCAGCAAGGACUUCGCGUCCGGCGGCCUCCACCUAGGCUUUCUUAUCACAAAGAACAAACCCCUACGCCAUUCCUGCAAUGCAAUCCUACGCCUCCACAGCGCCUCCACAGCAGCUGUAACAAUCGGAACCACCAUCCUCGAAGAUCAAGACUUCGUUCGCAACUUCACUGCCAAAAGCCAACGAAGUCUUGCUUCAGCGUACCGAAUUGCAACAUCAACUCUUGCCCAGGAGGGAAUUAACUACAUAAAGGGGGGAAACGCCGGCUUUUUUAUAUAUAUCGACCUAUCACCCUAUCUUCCAAAAGAUAGCAGUGGUAAUAGCACGUCUCCGCCUGAAUUCGCCCUCGCUCAGAAAUUCGUUGACGCAGAAGUAUUCCUGCAUCCAUGUGAAGAGCAUGGAAAUAUACCAGGGUGGUUUAGGCUUGUCUAUGCGCAGGAGGAGGACGUAUUGAGGGAGGGGUUGAGAAGGAUGAUUGGGGUACUAAACAGUUUGGCAUGAUCGAUCUAGUCUUUUUUGGCUUCAUUGCCUGGUGAAACCGCAGUUCGUCCUGUAAAAUUGCAAUGAGUAUGAUGUUAUCGUUGGUAGUAUACUAUGUCUACCCAACAGUAACAGCAGAACUACAAAGCAUUACCAAAUCGAACCGACAAUUCUAACAUAACCCAAUGAAAUUGCUAUUUUAUGAUCUUUC